UGCAUACCAGAAGAGGGGUCUGCUGAAAUGGAGGUAGCUUGCAUAGAGGCUAUGCCCCAUUGUGCCUUUUUUUUUUUUUAGAAUAUUGAUUUCGCCCUCUGCCUGUCCGCCUGUAGGCUAUGUGUUUUUUUUACAUAAAAUAAAACGUCUUAUUUUUUGGCAUUCUACGCUCUGCGAGGUCUCAUUUACACCUCAUCACCCAGGUCCAGUUUUGCCUUGUCCCCUUGUACGUGGGGAGGCCGCUCUGGUUCCUCACAGUCUGUUUGAAGAAAAAAAAAAGUUAUCUACCAGUAACUGUUUUGUCAGACACAGACCAAAGGUCUUAUAGUGUGUGUGUGUGUGCUGGAGCAGGGAGGUGAAGAAGAGGAUAAAAGGCAACACAUGAACAUUGACUCAGAAAGUGAUAACACGAUUCUUCAUCGGAGCAAACGCAGAUUUCAAGAUGAGGUGUUUCCUUCUACUGGCGAUGCUGGUGGUGUGUGCUUCAGCUCUUGAAGAUCUGUCAGGAAAGAUGUUCACCUUCCCAGCGGAAACAAACUCCGCUCAUGUGAAGUUGAUCACCACGAAACAUCAUUUCAGUGCUGUAACCGUCUGUCACAGAUCCAUUACAGACCUCAAAAGAGAACACUCCCUGUUUUCUUUGGCCACCCCCUCUUUUGACAACGACUUCCUGAUUUUCUGGCAAGAAAGCACACAGAACUUUAUACCCUUUAUCAGGAAUAAAUUAGUUGGUUUUGGAAGUUUCGUCUACAAACCAAUCACCUGGCACUCCAUCUGCACCACAUGGGACUCUACGUCUGGACUGAUGCAGAUGUGGGUCGAUGGACAAUCUUCCAUUCGGAAAUUUAUCAGCUCUGGAUCAAACAUCAGUGGACAAACCUUGAUUAUUUUAGGACAGGAACAAGAUUCUUACGGUGGUGGGUUUGACAGUAAACAGUCUUUUGUUGGCAUGAUGUCUGAUGUCCACAUGUGGGACUACACCCUGUCCCCCUGCGAAAUCCAGAACUACAUGAACAGCCAGAGCUUCACUCCAGGGAAUGUGCUGAACUGGAAGGCGCUGGACUACAACAUUGUUGGCAACGUGCUCGUAGAAAAACAGAGCUUGUGUCUAAAUUCCCAAAUGACGGCGUAAGUGCCGGAGAAGGUGGCGCGUCAUAACUUCUAUGUUUCAUGUCCUGUAUAAAGGAUAAGUAACACAUACUAACAACUUAUGUUGAAUCAUUAGCUUCUUGUAGAUGAGUUGAUUUCCUAAGUCUCUUUCCCUUCAAUAAACAUAUGAAAGCAUUA